CGGCCACACAACGAUGCCGCUAUCAAUUCUGGAUAUUUAUUGCCGUUAGUUAUCAGGUUUCGGAGGUCUGGAUUUUAUUUUAUUUAUUUUAUUUGAGAUUUUAUGUAUUUUAUUAAACAUUCUCGAGCAUGUGAGUGUUAGUGAAGAGAGAAAAAAGGUUGAUCGUCCAUCCGAAAAAUGAUUUGAAAUCUGGAAUAUUCACCGAUACGAACUCAGGAACACGAAAGGCGGGGAAGGAAAAAGAACAAAAUCGCCUAAUAAAGGAAGGAAUAGAGAGGGAUAAAAGAAGACGUAAAACAUGGCCUUCAUCUUUAAAACAAAUAGGACUGGACAAAAUGAAGAUCCGGACGACAGCAUAUACAUGGCUUUGUACGAGUUCACUGCCACGAAGGCCGAUGAACUAGACUUUGUCGAGGGCGAUAAGCUCGUGUUUCUGAACAAGACCGACGGCGGUUGGCUGAAGGCGCGCAAUUUGAGGUCACUGGAGGAGGGCUACGUGCCUAGCAACUUUGUUCAGAAGAGGUCUGAAAAUGUCAGUCACGUAAGUCAAAACGUAGAAGAUGAAGAAGACAAGCCUUUGAUUACGUACGCCGCUAGGUAUGACUACAACGGGACUGAAGCAGGUACCUUGUCCUUCAAGAAAGGAGACAAGAUGGUACUGUUGAGCAAAACCAACGAACACUGGUGGAGAAUGAGGCUCCAGAAAACUUCAAAAAGAAGCAUUUCAGACGUCCUUGAAGGAUACGUGAGGCCAACGUACAUCAGCAAGGUGGAGGAUCCGCAUGAAGAACCCUGGUUUUUUGACAAUAUCUCUCGAGCGGAAGCCAUGAUGCUGCUGCUCUCCGACCUCAACAUGCCCGGAAGUUUUCUUGUGCGCAGAUCAAAAUCGUCAGACGGUUUUUCUCUCUCAGUCUUAACCAAUAGUAGAAGAGUGAAGCACUACCGAAUAACAGAAAAUGAAGAAGGGAACUACUUUGUGACGGAAAACACGGUGUUUAGCAGUUUGAAGGAACUGGUGGAGUAUUACCUGUGUUCUUACAACCCCCCAGGUCGCCUUGGGGAGCCCUGCAAAGCUAGUGAAGGCUCGUUGUCCAAGAAGCACCUUCCGGGCGCUCAAGCCGUCUCUCACAGCGAAGACGACACGACGGAAUGGGAGAUCGACCGCAACAGCCUCACCUUUACGGCCGUGCUUGGCAAGGGUCAGUUCGGGAAAGUACAGCAAGCGCAAUGGAAGAACAAGGUUGACGUCGCGGUCAAAUCAAUAACAUCGGAAGGUGCUGCAGAGAAAAAGGAAUUUGAACGCGAGGUCAAAGUCAUGCAGCGCCUGAGGCAUCCGCUGCUGGUGAAACUCUACGGGGUUUGCACGACUCCUUUGGAUAAGCCUCUCCUUAUCGUCUCAGAACUCGUGACAGGCGGCUCCCUUCUCAUUCAUCUCAGAAAUAAGAAAGCGCAGAAGAACCAGCACACCAUGAAGGAGCUGUUGCACAUAGGAGCGAAGGUGGCGUCCGGGAUGGCCUACCUCGAGUCGGAGCAGGUCGUGCACCGGGACCUGGCGGCGAGGAACGUCCUGGUGGCCAGCGACGGCAAGGUCGUCAAGAUCGCCGACUUCGGACUCUCCCGCAUCCUGCAGGACGGCGUGUACAGAAGAAGGUCGGAUUAUAAGAUACCCAUGAAGUGGACCGCUCCCGAGGCAUUUGACCAGGGCCAUUAUACCUGCAAGUCGGACGUCUGGUCUUACGGAAUCCUGCUGCAUGAACUGAUUACACAUGGGAACCAGCCUUACCCAGAAUUGAAUAACAAGGAAGCUAUCUUCCAAGUGUGCAAUGGCCACCGCAUGGGGCAAGCUAGAGAAUGCCCCGAUAACCUCUACCAAGUCAUGUGCAGAUGCUGGCAAGAAGAUCCGGCCGAAAGACCAUCUUUUGCUGAACUUAAGCCUCGGAUGGAAUACCUCGAGUCCUUACAUUAAAAGGGAUUUUACUUUACGUGUUGUUGUUUUUUGUGUGAUCUUCCAGGGUAUGCGGAUAGUUUACCCUUGUUUCAUAUAAUUUUAAAUAUAUGUAGGGAAGGAAGUUUUUCAUGUGUCUGAGUCUGGAGGGAAGGUACACGUACACGCAUAUACACACAUACAUGCGCACAGCCAACAAACUCACACGAAGUGUAUAUACAUAUGCACACAGACAUACUUUUCACGUCACCGUUCAUUAGCGCGUACAUUCUGUCGCAAAUCAUUAAUUGUUGAAUUCCUUGUGGUAGUUGAAAUGAUUUUGUAUAAAGUCCAUUGCCAAUUUAUCGCAUUGUUGUUAAAAUAAACGUUAAUCUUCGUGUUUGUCAUGCAUUUCCGCUCUGUGUGAGGUCACUCUCACUCCCUUUCACGCUCACAGUCGCUCACACACAUA